AUGCCACCAAGACUCUCAUUGCAGCCGCUUUCGCGGCAAUUGAAGCCCUGCACCCUCCAACAGAGGGUCGCAAUUUCUUCGACAUCCAGAAAUGGAGCGCUGAAGUUCACCAGCCCGAGCGCGACCAAGGAGCUCAUGGAGAUGGACGAGGGCAGCAAUGGUGGCAGCUCGGGUCUGUCGCCUGGCCAGCCCGGCCAGCUCACGGGAAAUGACCGUCUUACAAGCCUGUUGGAAAAGUCGAACGCGAAGCAAAAGAUCCAGUUCAGAAAGGACGACUUCGCGCAAUCGGCGAAGGAAAACACCAACAGCGCGAACCUGGCGCGGCAAUCGACGCGGAACUGGAAACCCGGCGACAUCUACGCGCCGCAUGACCUGUCCCCGCAGGAGAUGAGGAAGUGGAAGGCGCCCAAGCAGCCGAGCAAGGACAUUAUAGACAUGCUUGGACUGAAUCCUCUGGAUCACUAUAGGAACUUCUCCAUCAUGUCCGAGUUCAUGACAACAAUGGGCCGUAUCAAGCACUCGAAGGAGACUGGACUACGACCGGUGAAUCAAAGGAAGAUGGCCAAGGCCAUCAGGAGGUCUAUCGGCAUGGGGCUGCAUCCUAGCACCCAUCACCACCCAAUGAUCCUCUUCCGGAACAACGGUGACCAAGCCCCAAGAUACCAGAACGCCAAAAUACCUGAUCCUGACAGGCAGAGGAUCAAGCCUGUAUGA